UCAUCUACCACAUCCUUCCUUCUCCUUUCUCCUCUUUCUUACGACCUCGCCCUCAUCAUGGCGACCGCUGGACUCGGUUCUGAAAUCGUAUCAGUCGUCAACAAGCUUCAGGAUGUCUUUACCGCUGUUGGGUCAUCUGCAUCACAAAUAGACUUGCCACAGAUAUGCGUACUCGGUAGUCAGAGUAGUGGAAAGAGUAGUGUGCUCGAGAACAUCGUUGGUCGGGAUUUCUUGCCUAGAGGAACUGGUAUCGUGACUCGUAGACCACUUGUUUUGCAACUCAUAAACCGACCGGUACCAUCAUCACCACAACCAAAUGGGAAUGCUGUUUCCAAAGACGGUGACAAGCAUGCAAAUGAGAACGAAUGGGGUGAAUUCCUUCACCUUCCAGGUCAGAAGUUUUAUGACUUCAACAAGAUUCGUGAGGAGAUCGUCCGGGAUACCGAGGCUAAGACGGGUCGCAAUGCUGGUAUCUCACCACUACCCAUCAACUUGCGAAUCUACUCCCCGAAUGUCCUUACCCUCACCCUCGUUGAUCUUCCUGGCUUGACUAAAGUACCCGUUGGUGACCAACCGAAGGAUAUCGAGAAACAGAUUCGUGAUAUGCUCCUUAAAUUCAUCACGAAACCUGCUUGUAUCAUCCUGGCUGUUACCGCUGCCAACACUGAUUUGGCUAACUCCGAUGGCUUGAAGUUGGCGCGAGAGGUGGAUCCGGAGGGUCAGAGGACGAUCGGUGUCUUGACGAAGGUGGAUCUCAUGGACGCGGGUACGGAUGUUGUCGAUAUCCUGGCAGGCCGAAUCAUCCCCCUGCGACUGGGUUAUGUCCCAGUCGUGAAUCGUGGCCAGCGGGAUAUCGAGGCGAAUAAGCCCAUUAGUGCUGCACUGGAGUUCGAGCGGGAGUACUUUGAGAACCACCCGUCAUACAAGAGCAAGGCGCAAUACUGUGGUACUCCUUUCCUUGCGCGCAAACUGAACAUGAUCCUUAUGCACCACAUCCGAGCAACGCUCCCCGAUAUCAAAGCUCGCAUCACACAACAGUUGCAGAAGUUCAACACGGAACUUCAAUCGCUCGGUGGAGCGUUGGGUGAUACAAGCUCCUCAAGUGUCGUCCUUUCUGUUAUUACCGACUUCUGCUCCGAAUUCCGAACAACCAUCGACGGUAAUACAAAUGAUCUGUCGUUGAACGAGUUGUCAGGAGGUGCUCGUAUCUCCUUUGUGUUCCAUGAACUCUUCAACCAGGGUAUCAAGACGAUCGAUCCAUUUGACCAAGUGAAGGAUGGAGAUAUCAGGACAAUUCUCUACAACUCUUCGGGUUCAACACCUUCACUGUUUGUCGGAACGACAGCCUUCGAGGUCAUCGUGAAGCAGCAAAUCAAGCGAUUGGAGGACCCAACUCUUAAAUGUUGCCAGCUUGUCUAUGAUGAGCUUAUCCGAAUUCUCGGACAGCUCCUACAGAAGAUUCCUGCGUUCCGACGGUACCCUGCUCUUCGAGAACGGUUCAACUCUGUCGUAGUGAACUUCUUCAAGACAUCGAUGAACCCGACGACGAAGCUGGUAUCUGACAUGGUAGCCAUGCAAGCAUGCUACGUAAACACGACACAUCCGGAUUUCCUGAACGGCCACAAGGCGAUGGCUAUUGUUACAGAGCGUCUCAACGCAAGCAAGCCUCCUACUCCUGCCCCAGAUCCCAAGAGCGGCAAGCUUGCGCCAGGACAGAUCAACAACAACAGAGACCUCGACGUCGAUCUUAGGAGGGAGGAACCUAGCUUCUUCGGAUCAUUCUUCUCCGCGGCGAAGAAUGCCCCAAAGAAGAAGGGUGCUGCUGUUAUGGAAUCGCCUCCUCAGGUUAUCCGUCCCCAGGCUGCGCUCAAUGACAGGGAGACGAUGGAGACCGAGGUUAUAAAACUCCUCAUCCACUCGUACUUCAACAUCGUCAAGCGCGAGAUGAUCGACAUGGUUCCCAAGGCCAUUUCUCUGACCUUGGUGAACCACUCAAAGGAGAACCUCCAACGCGAACUUCUUCAGGAGCUGUAUAAGCCCGAGGUCCUCGAUGACUUGCUCAAGGAGUCUGAGUAUGUCGUCAACAGGAGGAAGGAGGUUGUCUCGAUGGUACAGGCUCUCAACAAGGCCGAGGAGAUCGUUGCUGGUGUGUGAUGUUCUGGGUGGGAUAGGUCAUAGAUAUGUCUUUUCUGUAUUCGCAUUUUCCUGUCGUUUAUGAACACUCCUGUUUUGAGUAUACGUACUCUAUAAUACCUUUUUUCUGGAUUGUCCAUGAUGAAUUCUCACUGCUUCCCGAUUCUGGUCAAUGUUACUAUCAGCCUAAGCGUAGGACUUUGGAUUGACUCAAAACUUCAUUCCGUUGCCGAGCCAAUCGUUCAAACACGCGUACCAAGCUACUUCACAUUGAAGACACUUUAAAG